ACAACAAAAAAAUAUAUAGGCUUUAAUGUAGUUAGAACUUAAAUCAUUAUUUGUCACAUCUAUAUUUAAGUUUAUUUCUUGUAUAUUUGGUUAUGUGAUUAAUCGUACAGCGUCUAUAUAUAAUUCAUCCCGAGGUGUUUAUCUUUAAUCUACAGCUCAGGUGUCCUCAGUGAAAGUGUCCUACAGCUGCUUGUCCUCUGGAGUCAUGAAAGUGAACUGUUCUGCUGAUGGAGACAACCUUCACUUCAGCUGGACUUCUGACUUUAACACACUCCCUCAACUGGAGAAAGGGACUAGCACUGUCACACUGGAACAAGACCAUCAAGGAAACAUCACCUGCCAUGUAGAAAAUCAUGUCAGCCGUGACCACGAUACUGCUGAACUCCACCAAUGUCCUGGUUCACUGUUUCAGGAUCAUGUCUGUACAUUUAAUCAGAUUAAACCGUGUUAUGUAGCUGUGGGACAACGACUGCACCUGCAAAUGCCCUGGGAGGAUGGGUUUGACCUAAAGACCACUAGUGUAAUUAUAAGAUAUAGAAAAACCCAAAGUUCCCCAGCAACACCACAUCUCCCAAGAUGGCAGUUUGUUAAUGAUAAUAAAACUAUGAUACUAACCAGUGCAGAAAGGAACGACUCUGGAACAUACACUUUAGUCACCUUUGAUGUAGACGGGAGAAGUAAAGGCAGUUAUACUCUCCAGGUGAACAUUGAAGCUCAGGUGUCCUCAAUGAAAGCGUCCUACAGCUGCUUGUCCUCUGGAGUCAUGAAAGUGAACUGUUCUGCUGAUGGAGACAACCUUCACUUCAGCUGGACUUCUGACUUUAACACACUCCCUCAACUGGAGAACGGGAACAGCACUGUCACACUGGAACAAGACCAACAAGGAAACAUCACCUGUCAUGUAGAAAAUCAUGUGAGCCGUGACCACGAUACUGCUGAACUCCACCAAUGUCCUGGUUCACUGUUUCAGGAUCAUGUUGUCUGUAGAUUUAAUCAGAUUAAACCAUCUUAUGUAGCUGUGGGACAACGACUGUACCUGCAAAUGCCGCUGGAGGAUGGGUUUGACCUACAGACCACUAGUUUCAAUUUAAAAUAUAGAAAAACCCAAAGUUCCCCAACACCAACACCACGUCUCCCAAGAUGGCAGUUUGUUAAUGAUAAUAAAACUAUGAUACUAACCAGUGUUGAGAGGAGUGACUCUGGAACAUACACUUUAAACAUCUUUGAUGGAGACGAGAGAAGUAAAGGCAGUUAUACUCUCCAGGUGAACAUUGAAGCUCAGGUGUCCUCAGUGAAAUUGUCCUACAGCUGCUUGUUCUUCAAAGUCAGGAAAGUGUUCUGUUCUGCUGAUGGAGACAACCUUCACUUCAGCUGGACUUCUGUGUCAAUCACUCGGUUGGAGGACGACAACAAAACUCUCGUACUGGAUAAAAUACAUAAUAAUAAUGUCACCUGUCAUGUAGAAAAUCACAUCAGUCGUGAGCACAAUUCCAUUAAACUCCCGACUUGUAUUGACCUCAUUCUAGUGAUCCUGAGCUCAGUUUGUCUGAUUCUCAUUGUACUAGCUGUCUUAGUGUUUUGUGUCUACAAGAAGAGACAAGGCCAAAGGAUCGAAGCCCCUUCUCAGGACAGCAUGCAGCUUGUGUACGCGGAGGUCACCCACUCAGCCAGGAACAGGACAGACACAAGACCCAGCACGUCCCCAGCGCAGUACGAGGGUGUGGAGUACGGCACGGUGGUCACAUCCAAUCAGAAGAAGAAAGAGGAUGAUGUGCAGUACGGAGAGCUGGUGUUUAACACUCCUGCACAAAAAAAGUGCAAGGUGCCCAAAGUACAAGAAGAUUGUGUGUACUCAGAGGUCAAGCGCAGUUAGUGAGUGACACAAUCUCAGCCUGUCUAAAGAUGCAUCAUUAACAUAGUUUUAUUUUUAUUUAGUAUUUUUUUUAUACAUAGGUUUGUUACUAUGAUCAUCCUGGUAGAGGACGUUGA